AUGGACCUGCCUUGUCAUUUAAAUUCAGGAUCACUAUAUUACGCUCACGCUAACCAGGGAGAAUUAUAUCUGUACACACGCACAUCUAUUCUUCCAUUUUACCUCGGGCUUCAGAUCGUAGUUUAUCUAUCUUUAUCUAUCUAUCUAUCUAUCUAUCUAUCUAUCUCGCAUGUACUGCUGGCUCUGGCUACGCCGUUUUUCUAUCUACCUAUCUAUCUAUCUAUCUAUGCUCAUUAUCUAUCGGUCUAUCUAUCUAUCUAUGUUCAUAUCUAUCUAUCUAUCUAUCUAUCUAUCUAUCUAUCUAUGUUCAUGAUCUAUCUCUGUUCAUUACCUAUCUAUCUAUUUAUCUAUCUAUUUACCUAUCUAUAUAUCUACCGUAUAUACUCGCGCUAUCUAUAUCUGUUCCUUACUUAUCUAUCUAUCUAUCUAGCGUGCGAACUGUUUGUCCUAGCUACAUCGUUGAAAAAUCUAUCUAUCUAUCUAUCUAUCUAUCUAUCUAUGCUCAUUAUCUAUCGACCUAUCUAUCUAUCUAUCUAUGUUCAUAAUCUAUCUAUCUAUCUAUCUAUCUAUCUAUCUAUCUAUCUAUCUAUCUAUGUUCAUGAUCUACCUAUCUAUGUUCAUUACCUAUCUAUCUAUUUAUCUAUCUAUCUACCUAUCUAUAUAUCUACUGUAUAUACUCGCGCUAUCUAUCUCUGUUCCUUACUUAUCUAUCUAUCUAUCUAUCUAGCUAUCUAUCUAUCUAUCUAUCUAUCUAUCUAUCUAUCUAUCUAG